GGCCAUCACAUUCUUCAUGGAGACUGGCAACUCCUUCCAACAGGGGAUGCAGCAGCCCCUCAAGCCCCCUGGGCAGCAGCCCUUGGGGUCUGGCAAGUGCAGCGAUCCCGGGAAAGAUCCUGGGUGCAGCGGGAUUGGGAAGGGGCCGGUGCCGGUGGUCUGUAGCACUGUGUGUGGGAACCCCUACCUGGGGCUGGUGACCCACCUGCGGUCAUCCUGGCUCUCUGGGAAGACACGGCCUGCGGAAUAUCGCCUGGCUCAGCUGGAGGCCCUGGGACGCUUCUUGGAUGAGAAGAAGCAGGAGAUCCUGGAUGCCACCAAUUUGGACAUGGGCAAGCCAUCCUUCGAGGCUUACUUUAGUGAGAUCCUUCUCUGCAAGAAUGAGCUCAACAACACCCUCAACAACCUGUCCAGCUGGAUGAAGGAUGAGUAUGUGGAUAAGAACCUGGUGACACAGCUGGACUCUGCCUUCAUCCGCAAGGAGCCGUACGGGGUGGUGCUCAUCAUGGCGCCCUGGGACUGCCCCAUCAAACUCAUCCUGAUGCCUCUCAUCGGGGCCAUUGCUGCUGGGAACUGUGUCAUUGUCAAACCCUCAGAGAUCUCCAGGAACUGUGAGAGACUCCUUGCUGAAAUGCUGAGCUGCUACCUAGACAAUGACUGCUAUGCUGUGGUGACCGGUGGUGUGCAGGAGACCACCAGG